CAUACAAACACACACUCGCGCGCUCACAGUAGUAAGUUAGCUGGAGUAUAAUCGGGGCCUUCACACAUCAAUUCAACAAACAUGUCCGCCCCGGGUGCAGAUGGCUCUGGCUCUGCAGGAAGUAACCGCAGGCUUCAGCAGACUCAGGCACAGGUGGAUGAGGUGGUGGACAUCAUGAGGGUGAACGUCGAUAAGGUCCUGGAGCGAGACCAGAAGCUCUCUGACCUGGACGAUCGUGCCGAUGCCCUGCAGGCCGGAGCUUCCCAGUUUGAGACCAGCGCCGCCAAACUCAAGAGGAAGUACUGGUGGAAGAACGUCAAGAUGUGGGCCAUUUUGAUAGCCGUGGUUGUGAUCAUCAUUAUCGUCAUUAUUGUCUGGACGCAGUCAUCAUAAUAAUGCAAUACAGAGAUGAAUACUGGUUCUGAAUUGAGGGAGAGUUUAGGAUAUGAAGGAGUACCGACUUCAGAAAGAAAAGAGAAUGAAUGAGUGCUCUUCCAAUGAGUUCUAACCUGCUGAUUUUCAAAAGCAUAUAUUGUAAACUAUCCUCAAUUGUUUGUUUUUUUGUUUUUUUUCUGUUUUUUUAGGUUUUGUUUUUAAUUGAAUAAGAUUUGAAUAAGUUCCAAAAUGCCUAAUAAUUUCCAAAUACAUCUAACACACUCCUCCGUGCAAACCACAGAACAAGGGCUGACUAGAUAGUGUACAAGUUACAAAAUGAUCCAAAACCAUUGUAUGUUAAUAUGAGAAACAUUUCACUAAUAUUUGAGGCCAAAACAUGCUGACCAAAAACCAGGCCAAACUUGGUUGAAAGCCAUUUUGCCAACAUCUCAUAUCAUUGAUGAAUCCCUCAUGGACUCUUUUAGUGAGCGGCCGUAACCAGACACUCUAGUUUUGGCCGUGUCUGAGUUUUUCAGUGCCAACAAGACACACGAGCCUUUCCUGAACAACCACAGUCAUGCCAUCAGUGCCUGGAGAUAAACUCCACUGCCAUCCCGUAACAACCGAGAACUUUACUCUGAUUUCACUCAGAAUAUCUGCACAGAAAAAUGCUAUAUAUAAGCUUGAGAUAUUAAUGAAAGAUUAAAGUGGUAAUUCACUUAUAAUUUAACUGCAUCAUUUGUAUUACCUUGUGUAGAAAUAGUUUGCUUGGAAAUAUCUUAGCCUAAUCAGAUUUCAGUAGUAUUGAUCGAUUUUUGGUGGGGUUUUUGCUCACGUGCCAAAACAUUUUAUGUUUGUCUGAGCUUUUUUUUUUGUAUGUAUUUCUUUGUCUCACAUGUGUAUAAAUUGUUACCAAGUGCAAUUCUAUACUGUGGCCUUACUAACUUAAGUGUGUUGAAUUGCCCGUGUUGGCUCAAUAAAACUGAUUUAACAUCC